UUUGUGAACGAUGACUUGUUUGACGCCGAGUAUGGAGACAGCGAUGGCGAACAAAAUGGCGAUCUAGAAGAAGACAAUUUUCCUAAAUCUCCGGCAACCGACUGGGUGGAAAAACCUCUCGAAAGUAAUUCUGACGGGGAACCUCAAGACAGCAGGUUAGAUGAGGAAACAAGUAUUAAAACGGUAGACGAACGACAGAAACAAGAGGCACUCGCAGAAAAGGUCAGGAAAUACAUCUGUACAUGCCCGGGUGUACAUGCAAUUAAACACUUUUAUUUUACUAGGCUAGUCGAUUAAAAUAAGCUUAAGCUUAAGUUUUAGCAUAAUUUUAGGGCCACAUGAAAGAAAAAAGUAACUGGAAGAGUGUAAAAGAAAGAUUUUUCAUGGUUUUUAAAAUCUGUAAUUACGUGUAGCAGCCACUACACUGAGAUAUUAAUUUUAAAAAUAUCUUAGUGGCUGAUUAAUGAUUACCUCAUUAUAAUUUUAAUUUUUGUUGGGCCACCCCAACAUUUGCAUCCCACCUCCGUUCAACCUUCUUGACUACUUUGGACUGGGAUUGUAGUUAGUUAUAGCUGCAGUUACAACUGUAAUGCACCAGUCCAUUCCAGAGGUCAAAAUUCUUAGGACACUUGACACGAUCUGCCUUAAUUUGUCUCCCUUUCCCCCAUCGCCCCCAAGCAAUGUUGUAGUUUGUGCACCCUGACACUACCCUGUACACUUUACCCUGUCCUAAAAGUGUUUGGGGGGAGGGGAGGGCCAUUGGAGGCAUCCAAACUGUUACAGAAGUGCAUAUGAUGCUACAUCUUCAUAUUUGAUAUGUUAGGGAUGUGGAAGGAAGGUUUUCAAUAACCAUCCCAAGGAUUUUUGUCCUCCAAUGUAGGUUCCUUUAAAUAGGCUUCAGAUCUGGUAGAAGUAGGGGAGGGUCCUCAAGUCUAUACCACCACUUGAGAAACCCUAAAUACGUAUUUACCAUAAAAUAAAAAUACCCUUUGAAUUAAAAUUCCAAAGCUGUCUACAAGUGAUGAUGCUGAGCUUGUAGAGAAAAGUGAUGAUAAGGAAGACAAUGCAACAGAGGAGAAAAAUACUGGCACUUCACCAGUAAAGGAAGAUCAGACUGAAAAUCAGUCAGGUGAAGAUGAAGAUGACAGUUCUGAUGAGGAGACUUUAAAUGUAAAGAGACAUAAACAGAAAAAUGAGGUUAAAAAGGUCAGUUCAUGUUUGCUUUUGUAACUACAGAUUUGAUCAUCCAAGUGUGGAUAUUCUCAGAAAAUUUGAUCCUUUGUCUUAAACUGAGUGCAUGUAAGCUUGAGUACUAUGUUCAGUUUUGGAAGAGAGCACUCCAUUGCAUGGCUGUCUGGACUGAGGGUUGGGCAUAUUCCUUGGCUAAUAGGAAACAAAAAGAAAAUACAUGUAGGACUAAAAGAACUUCUUAGCUGAUCAAAUCUGUGCCCUCUAACUCAUUUACGUGUACCAGUAGCAACUUGAAAUCCUAUCAACAGCUCUGCCCUUGUACAUGGUCUAAAUUUUUAAAACAAUGUUCAGCAAGAUUUAGCAGGGCUUCAAAAGAACUUUAAUUCCAGCUUGUUCUUUUUAAUUUGAGUAACUCACAUUUUGCUCGCUUGUGGCCACUUCUUGCUCAUCAUUCUUAGUGGUAAUGAUUCGGCUAGACUUGGUGCUUUGCUUACAGGUACACCCUUGCCCAUUGGACAAGUGAGCUUUAAAAGUUACCUUUCCAGCAAGAGAAUCUAGUUGUAUCCAGACUACAAGACAACCCUUUUUAAGCCCGUGUUUACAUGUAGUACAGUAAACACCCGCAUGAACACACAAUUUCGGAGGUCAGACUGACUGAGUUCUUAUUUAUCGGGCGCUUAAUGAAAAAUCAGCCUCAAAAUGUUCUUAAAUUGUUAUUUAGUGAUACUAUCCAAAACAUGUAAUUAUUCUGUAAUCUGCAAACAUAAACUUACAUGUUUUGUAAUUAUGACACUUUUUCCAUUGUUACAAUUUUCAGGCUGAUCUUGUUCUUAUAAAAAUGGGGCUUUAUUGGCCAAAUUUCAGCCUGGUGUUCUUAAUCCAUUUGUUCUUAUAUGCAGGUGUUUACUGUAUUCCUAGCCAAGCAAGGACUUUUAAGAUAAACUACCAUGAAAGAAACAUGGACAUUUUUUGUAGGGCAACACCAUCAUUUCAGAUAAAUUUUGUGAAAGAUUUUGUUUUUUGAAUUUGCUUCAGCCAUUUGAAAAUGAUGACUUAUUUGAUGCGGAGAUUGGUGAGGAUAGUGAUGACAGAGAAGAUGGCAACCUUUCUAAUGAUGAUUACGAUGCUCCCAAAUCACCAUCACAUGGACAAAGUCAUUCAGGAGAAGAGACAGCAACGAUGAGUUCUGAUGAUGAAUCCACUCGCAAAAAUGUCAAAAAGCGGAAGAAACGAGAUGCUAAAAGGAAGGUAAAAUCAUAAUAUAUCUUGACAAAAUGCAGUUAUUUGAAAUUAAAAGCCUUUAACAACAAAGAGCACCAUCUUGUUGCGCCAUACUUUAAUUAUACGAGAUAGCAGAUUCAUCUCCCCAGCUGGCCAAUUUGCCCAGUGCCAGAUGCCUGGCCUGAAUUAAGUUUUACCUUUUGGGAAAAGUAUUCAAGAAACAGUCUUGCCAAAUCAACUGAAGUGACUAAAAAGAGUAGAAAGAAUGCAUUGCCUUCAAACGAGGUCCUGUAUAUUGGAAAGCUUCCAAAAAUUAAUGGAGUGGGCCUUGCCAGUCAUUUAAUAAUUUUUUGUCCACUUGAUAUUUCUGGUUUCCCAGUGUGAAUGGUAUUCCCCUUUUUCUUGACAAUUCAGUAUGAGUAUUUAACCUGGAGCUGCAUCUACAUCUCUGCAUCUGCAUCUCCAUAACAUGCAACUGUACAGUGUGAGUUAUACAUGUACAGAGUUAAGUGCACUAUGCAGUUUAUGCCGUGUACUAUUAAAAUAAAAGCUUACUAAAAAGUCAAAUCUGCAUAAAAUGCAAAACAACUUAAUUACGUUUUGAUGAAUAAAACGCAAGUUUAUCGUGGUUCAAUCAUAGAGUUGUUUUAUCUAGUUAUUAUUUUUUGUUUCAAGUCUUCAAAGCCUCAAAAAGCAAGAAAGGCAGAACUUUUCAACAUGCAUAGUGAGACACAAAGAAUGGUUAGAGGUUUGUAA